ACCUUCGUGCAUGCGCUGGCUCUGACACAGGCACACACAGUGAACCCGCUCCCCACUGGGAUAGGUUGGAGAGGAUUUGGCCUUUGAAGGCUUUUGAGGGCCCAGGAAGAUAAUUAACCCAAUUUACAUUUGUAUAAUGCAGAAUGAGUUUCUGGCAACUACUCUGCAAAUGAACCCUGAGAAUUUGGUUUAUCUGUAACGGAGAUGCUGCAGGUCACGACCCUUGGCUUUAUGAGCAGUUUAUAAUUUAGCCAGAUUUGGUUCUCAAAAAAAACUAAAAAAUGUCCCAACUUUUAAUAAUAGUAAGAAAGAAAGAACGCUGCUACAAUAUGUGACAACAAAUAUUUUAAAGCCACAGGAAAUUUAGUCACCCCACAAUUUUGUCAUGAGCUUGUCCAAGUGUUUCUUUGAAAGCUAGAUGGCCCUGUCAGUAAACGCCAGAAUAGCACCUCUCGCAUGAACCGGUGGCACUCCAGUGUGGGGUUGGGCCCGUCGCCGCCCGCGUUCUGUGCGGGUCAGGGACUUGUUCUCGAACGCUGGGGCUUGGGCUCCGCGGGGGCGGGGCGAGCUGGGGGCGGGGCCGCCGGGCCGCACCGCUAGUGCGCAUGGGCAGACGUCCUCCUCGGCUCCAACUGACCCCUUCAAUUUACGCCGUUGUCCGAAACGUUGCGAAGGCCGUUACCUGAGCGCCAGCAGUCCCCGACAUGGCUGAUGAAAAAGGUACCCUGAGGGGAGACGUAGAGGAGGGAGAGGAGCCGGUGGUGGCCGUCACCGGUAGUGCGCACCCUGGGAAGCAGGCAGAGGAGGAGGAGGAGGAACCGAUGAAGGUGGAAGUGGCGGUGGGGGCUGAUGCCUGCUCUGACGACCUCAGCUGUGGGGAGGCCGAUAUCGAUCCCAGCCUCCUGGAGCUCGCGGACGAGGAGAAAUGCCGGAGUAUCCGCAAGCAGUACCGGGAGCUUAUCUACAACGUCCAGCAGAACCGUGAUGACAUCGUGAACACGGCGAGCGACUCCCUGACCGAGGCUCUUGAGGAAGCCAAUGUUCUGUUUGAUGCAGUCAGCCGAACAAGAGAAGCAGCUCUGGAUGCCCAGUUUCUUGUUUUGGCUUCUGAUUUGGGUAAAGAAAAAGCAAAGCAGCUAAACUCUGAUAUGAGCUUUUUUAAUCAAGUAGCGUUUUGUGACUUUCUAUUUAUAUUUGUGGGUCUAAACUGGAUGGAAGGUGAUGGACGUGAGUUGAGUGAUUAUGAUGAUAAUAUAGCUCUUUCCUUCUGGGAGACAGUGCAAAAGGAAGCAACAUCUUGGAUGUUGCAAGCUGAGAAAUUCCACUUUAUUUUUGGUUCAUUCAAAUCAGAGCCUUCUGCGCGAAAGCCCCGACUUGAACACCGGAAAAAAGUUCACAGAAUGGAAGAAAAUGGGGAUAUGCCUACAAAGCUGAGGAAGUUGGAUCUGAACAGUAAUCAAGAAGCAACAGAAAAAGAAGUAGAAAGGAUCUUGGGACUGUUGCAAACGUACUUUCGAAAGUAUCCUGACACUCCCGUGUCCUAUUUUGAGUUUGUGAUUGAUCCAAACUCUUUUUCUCGUACUGUGGAGAAUAUAUUUUAUGUUUCUUUCAUUAUAAGGGAUGGUUUUGCAAGGAUAAGGCUUGACCAAGACAGGUUGCCAAUACUAGAGCCAAUUAAUAUUAACCAAGUAGGUGAGGGAAAUGAUCCCAGUUCCCAUUGCAGAAAACAAGGAGUUAUAUCUUUGAGUUUACAGGACUGGAAAAAUAUUGUGGCAACUUUUGAAAUUUCAGAGGCUAUGAUCACAAAUUCAUACUAAAGAUUUUUGUUCUUAGUAUAGGAUGCAUUUUGUGGCUUUUCUAAAGCAUAUCAAAAUGGAUAGCAAAAUCCAAACAGAAGCACAUAUUGUAUCUCUUGUAAAGUGAUAAAGUAUUUUCAAGAACAUCAGAAAUUGUUUUGCUGUGCAGUGCAUUUUUCUUGGUAGUUUAUAAAGUUGUCAAGAUUGUUACUAAAAAGUUCAUUGGCAUGUUCACGGAAAAAAUUUUUUUCUCUUUAAGACUUUAUUAAUAAAAGUUCUGAAUUUCAUAGAUUAAAAGGUAUUUGAUAAUUUGCCCCAGAAAUCAGUUACGAUUUUUUCUCUGUGAUACUGCACUGCUUCCUCUGCUACGGGGAAUCAAGGGAAUCCCAAACAGGCCUCUUAACCAGGAUGGGGGGAAGAGUGGGUGAAGAAAAUGGUCAAUAAAGACUACCUGUAGGGCAGUGUAUGUGUGACCUUAAUACUGAAAAAAAAAAAAAUGCAGAUGCCAUGCUAUAUCGCAGAGAGGACUCAGUAAGAUUAAUGAGUGGGUAUCCAUAGUCUCCUGUGAUUGGACUCAACAAAAGUAGAAUAUCUUUACUGUAGUAGAUGAGGCAUCAACAAAGUGCUGAAAGAUGAGUAGGAAUUGGCCAAAGAUAGGAAGGCUAUUCUAGCAGGGAAAUAUGGAGGCCAAAUACAUGGAAUUGUGAGAAGUUAUGGUACCAGAGACCUAUAAAAUUUUUUGGAACUGUUCCAUUUGAAUGUUAUAAUGGGCAAAAAUUGAUUUACCUCACCUAUUUGUAUUCUCAGCGGUGGAAAAUAUCUUUGUCAAAUUAUUUAAAACACUAAAGUCUUUUAGCAUCCUGUUACAAUUUUUAUCUGCUUGGUUAAUUUCUUCUCCAGCCCCUAGUUUCCCUUUGUAAUUUUUGCUAGUACACACAGUGUUCCUCAGAAUCAGUGAUGUUUCAUUAUGUAACAGCCUUGAAUAUUUGUUCCCAACUCAAUUUUGUAUUUCUUAACAGGGCUUAAAAUGCCUGGAAGUUGUCCUUGUUUAAACUGAAACAUGAUUAAUUUAUCCAAAUGUUCUUCACUUGUAUAAAGCCAUAAAGGUUUUUUGUUGUU